AGGGAAGUAAGCUUACUCAGGAAGGAAGGCACAGAAUAAAGGAUGUUUGUAGCGUUGAUCGGUAACCAAGGGUAAGAAGGAAAAUGUGGAAAGAGACAUCUGAAAUCCCAAUAGAGAUCGUGAGUGACGAAGAAAUGUCACUCAUCGAAGCCGCCUUCGCCUCCACUUCCCAUCGGACUUAUUACUCCCUCGGUCGUGAUAUCGAAGAUGGAAUUGGAAGUAAUACCCAAAAAGAAUCCUUAUUGCGUCGAUUCAAGAGGAAAUCAGGCUUGUUCGUUACCGAUAUUACAUCUACGGAAUGGUGUGAGAAACAAAAAGAGUUUUUUCUAGUUUGCGGAAAGCCAAAGGCUAGUGAAGCUAUGAAAGCUGGCAGUGCUCGUCAUGCACUACUUGAACAAGAGGUUAUAACGAAAGUUGAAGUUGUCAUAAGAUCGGCCGAAGAACAUUGGGCUUUGAAAAUGAUUAACUUUAUACAUGGUACUAAUCAAUUAUUUCUCGAUGGUUUAACACGCGAGCUGCCACUGAUAGGGUUUGCAGAAGAUGUAUGUGUGGUUGGAGUUAUCGAUGAAAUACGAAUGAAAACAGGAACAAUAACAUUAGUUGAAACCAAAACCCGUUCACAAAACAAUCUUCCUUCUGAAGCGCAACAGAGAAACGGAAGGCUUCAGUUGAUGUGCUACAAGUACCUAUGGGACAGCCUACUGGCUCAUCCAUUUCCUACAAAACACUUUCUACAAUUGUUUUCUUUGAAACCUGAUUACAUGUUAUCUCAAGAAAUCCGUGAGUUUGCCAUGCAAGCAGGUGCACCUGUACAGACACUUAAUGAUGUAAUAGGAAAGUACCAAUAUGUUUGUUCCAUGCUGCCUGAAGCUCAAGACCAGCUUCUGUUAAGAUAUGAGUACCAGAAAGACCAAUCUUUGAUAGGGGAGGACCAAUAUUUAUAUGACUCUUAUUGGGUCGCUGAUCGAAUUCGGUCCAGUCUGGAAUUCUGGAAGGGCGAACGAGAAGCAAGUUAUGUACUUGAGAAUGAGCGAUGGAAAUGCAAGCACUGCAAGUUCGUCGCAGCACGCAUAUCCUGGGUCGAGUCAGUGUUGGUGGUCGAUGACGGUUGUGUGGCAUUAGUACUAUUUGACACCGUUUUACACCCUGCCGCAACGCGGGGUGUGCUUUGGGGGUUUUCAAAGAAAAAAUAGUUAUGCAUAAGGUUGUUGUAACCUUGGCUUUGGGGGUUUUCCAAAAAAAAAUUGAUUUUUUUUUACAUUCCACCCAAAGGUAGUUCAUAAAUUAUUUUUAACCCAAAACUAUUUGUUUUUUUUACUUUUAACCCAAAACUUUUUUAUCUUUUGCAAUCUAUCCUCAUAACUUUUUUUACUUUCAACUUUAGUCCUUUAUAGUAGUUUUCAUUUUCCGCAAAUUUUCUCUUUAUGCUUGGUUCUGAAUUUUGUGACUUAACACAUCGUAACGUGCGUCUUUGGUUUAACGUUUUUACGUUUCGUUCUAAAUUUUGCGAGUUAACACGACGUAACGUGCGUGUGUGGGUGAACGUUUUUACAUCGUGUAUUUUUUCCCCGUUUGACAGGUUUAACAUAACGUACGGAUCCUAGAUCGACUUAGUUAUAACUAAAGAAUCCCCGCCGCAUUGCGGCGGGUCGGAAUCCUAGUUAAAAAUGUAUGCUUGAAUGUUCUAUGCUUAAUAUGUUUGGGCGGUUCUCUACAAAGUGGCUUUAGUGUAAAAUUUUAUGGAAGCUAUGAGGAGACAAGUGAUCAAAUCACAUAGCUGGAGUUUUUUCCUGAAUGGGUGGUGGGUCUCGUGUGCUUAAAUCAUUUAUUCUGUGUGCUUAAAUCAUUUAUUCUGAUAAAUACUUUUCAAAACACCCAUUUUGGUAGGUAAAUAAUACCAGUUUUAUA